CUGUGUUGUGUCUCUGUCUGUGAGUGCAUGCAGUGAAAUGGCUGAAGCAAGUGUUUCAGCAGAGCAGUUCAGCUGUUCAGUGUGUCUGGAUUUGCUGAAGGAUCCAGUAGCCAUUCCCUGUGGACACAGUUACUGUAAGAGCUGCAUUACAGACCACUGGAAUCAAGAGGAUGAGAAGAGAGUCUACAGCUGCCCUCAGUGCAGACAGACCUUCAGACCAAAACCUACUUUAGGCAAAAACACCAUGCUGGCUGAAGUGGUGGAGAAACUGAAGAAAACUGAACUCCAAACUGUUCCUGCUGGACCUGGAGAUGUGGAGUGUGACGUCUGCAUUGGAAGAAAACACAAAGCUGUGAAGUCCUGUCUGGUGUGUCUGAACUCCUACUGUCAAAACCACCUUGAACAACAUGAGAAUCUCUUUAAAGGAAAGAAACACAAUCUAAUGGACGCAACUGGACGACUACAGAAGAUGAUCUGCCAGAAACAUGAAAAACUGCUGGACAUUUACUGCCGUACUGACAAGUGUUGCAUUUGUGUGCUCUGUGUGGUGGAUGAACACAAAAAACACAAAACUGUCUCAAGUGCAGUGGAGAGGGCCGAGAAACAGAAACACUUGGUUCAGACACAGAGAAAAUUCCAGCAGCAAAUCAAGGAGCGAGAGAAGAAGCUUCAGGAGCUGAAAGAGGCUGUGGAGAUUCACAAGGUGAGUUCUGAGGAGAAGCAGCAGCGCUGGUUUAGUUAA